GCUGGCUGCGGCCAAUGGACUCCGCCGCCGGCUCCUCCGGCUCUCGCAACAGUAUGAAAGGCGUGUAGCAGGUAAAGUCCGGGCAAAGCCCUCGCGACUGGCGAGCGAGCAGAGGCUUACGGUUCGGCACGUCCCAUCAGAGACCUCUCUCUGACCCCCGCCUCCGCCACCGCUCCCAGAGUUGCACACGACAUGAGCCAGGCCAGCUGGACCGGGAAGAGAACAGACAUGCUCCCGGAGAUCGCCGCCGCUGUGGGUUUCCUCUCCAGCCUUCUGAGGACCCGGGGCUGCGUGAACGAGCAGCGACUUCAGGUUUUCAGCGGAGCUCUCCAGGAAGCCCUGACGGAGCACUACAAACACCACUGGUUUCCUGAAAAACCAUCCAAGGGCUCCGGCUACCGCUGCAUCCGAAUCAACCACAAAAUGGACCCCAUCAUCAGCAAAGUGGCUAGCCAGAUUGGACUCAGCCAGCCUCAGCUGCGCCAGCUGCUGCCCAGAGAGCUGACCCUGUGGGUGGACCCCUACGAGGUGUCCUACCGCAUUGGGGAGGAUGGCUCCAUCUGCGUCCUGUACGAGGAGGCCCCGGUGGCCACCUCCUAUGGGCUCCUCACCUGCAAGAACCAAAUGAUGCUGGGCAGGAGCAGCCCCUCAAAGAACUACAUCAUGGCAGUCUCCAGUUAGAUCCCCCGCCGCCCCACCCGGCGCUCUGCUAUACUCAUUCUGCUGUGACAACAGGCCACUGCAUACCUCUACCUGGGGAAUUGUACUUUAAGUGAAGAGUUAUUUAUAUAUAUUAUAUAUAUAUUAUUUUUUUAAGAAAAGGGGGGAAAAAAACCAAAAGAUUUUUUUAAGAAAAAAAUCCUUAAAGGGAGCUGCUUGGAAGUGGCCUCCCCAGGUGCCUUUGGAGAGAAUUGUUGUGUGCUUGAGUCUGGGAGGCAGUGUCUGGAAUGGGAGGGGGGAAUGGUCAGGGAGGGCAUGGGUCUGGCCAAGGUGAGGUGGGAGAAGCUUGGCUAGCAACCCAGGAAGAUGUGAGAGGGAGCAAGCAAGGUUAGUAACUGUGAAUGAGAGAGGUCAGGAUCUGCCCUGGGGAGAGAAGAGAGGCUGAGUUCAAACCUCUCACCCAGGACACCUGCAUCCCUGGCCCCUCUCUUACUCUUACUCAGGGGCAUUCAAGCCUGGACUUAAAUCAUACUUUAUUGCCUAAUCUUCUCUUUCAAUUUUUGAUGAGAUCCUAGGCAGAGAGUGAAAAGGCCUCUCCUGAUUCCUUCUGUCCUUCUGUCCUUCUGUCCUGUCCAAGAGCAGCUUUUCUUGAAAUCAUGACUUGUUUCUAAUUCUAUUCUCAGGGGGCUGUAGAUGUUGCUUCCCACCAAGAAUAUAAAGCUUUUUGUUUUGGGAGUCAGGGGAGUGAGGCAGGGGUUGAGGGUUAUUGGAGUUGGGAGAGAAGGGCACUCUGCACAAAACCUUUGCCUUGCUAUGAGCUGCUCUAUGUGUGAGUAUGUGUGGCAAAUACCUUGGGGUUGAUUUGCAAUGGAAUUUGGAAUUUUGGGACCCAUAGAGUAUCCACUGGGAUAUUUUUUGGCCAAAACCUUUCUUUUUGUAACCAGACGGAAGUCUUCGUGAUGCUGCCAUUAUCCCUUUGAGAGGUGGCUCAAAAGCUACAGGGAACUUCAGGUCCUUGAAUACUGCCUUCUUUUUAAAAGCACAACACUCCUCUCUAACUGCCCCCCCCCCGCCACCGCUCCUCUCCCCUUCUGGUUGGGUCAUGGAGCUACCCUAUUUUCUAGGACAAGAGUUCUCAGUCACUGUGCAAUAUGGCCUCCUGGGUCCCAGGAGGAUCUGGAGGAGAACUGGCUCUCACAACCUCCUGGUGCCCUGGUGGGCUUAAGGAACCAUUUCUCCCUCUGUCCUCAGGACUAUGGCUGGAUGCUUAGCCUUGUAGAUAUUCCUUGGCUGAAUGGGAGAAUGCCCCAAGUUCUGCAGGACUACUUGGUAUUCUUGUAGGGCUGACACUAAAAGCCAAACCUUGGGCAUUGUUUUUUCUCCCUGGUGCUCAGAGCACCUGUGGGAGAGGCUACUGUCUCUCUCAGUACAAUCCAAAUUUGUCUAUAGACUUGUGCAAUACUUACUGUUCUGGGUUGGAGAAAAAUGGAAAAUUACACAGGGAAGAAAUCUCCUUCCUUCAGUUUCUCGGUGACAUUAGUGAGGGAUCCUCAGAAGGCCUUGAGUUUCCCAAACCCGAAUCACCUUAAGAAGGAUGUAGCUAGAACAUCUGGUCAACCUGGCUACCCUCCUGCUGUUGCCUUUAGUGAGGAAACUUUCUCCCCACUGCCAGUCCCGUUUCCUGGAUUUCUUAAAUACUCAAUUCUGACUCAAGGGUGCUAGUUACCAAACACUCCCCUACCCAUUCCUGCCAGUACUGCCUCUUCAACUUUCCAGAUCCCGAGUACCUUCCCAGAUCCUUUUUCCAGUCCUUAUUGCUUUAAAGUUAACUUCAGGCCAGUAGACCCAAGAGCUCAUUUUCUGGUCUGUGGGUUGAAACAAAGCUGUGAAUCACUGCAGAUUGCUGUUGCGUCUUGUCUGCAAACAGGUCCCUGCCUUUUUAUAAGCAGCCUCACGGUCUCAUUCUUCAUCUUUUCUCUCUUCUUUUUCACGUUCACUUUAAAAACAACACAACGCCCAGAGCUGGACUGUUGAGCAGGCCUGUCUCUCCCGUUACGUAAAAAUAAGUCGUUUGUAAGCUAUUCUGACAGAAAAGACGAAGGUUACUAAUUGUAUAAUAGUGUUUUUAUAUGGAAGAAUGUACAGCUUUAUGCACAAAUGGACAAAUGGACACUUUUUUUGGGUUUCUUUAAUAAAAAUGUAGCAGAUGAA